AUCGCAACCCCACGAUGUCGCCAGCGAGGUGCAACGAUUUAAAAGCAUUGAAAGAGACAGGUUGAUCUUCAUUUUUACUUGUCAAGAUGGCAGAGUCAGACAUCACAGAAGCGACCAUCAAGGAUGCGCUCACUGAGAGGCUAAACGCAAUACAUGCGGAAGUUACGGACAUGUCAGGUGGUUGCGGACAAGCAUUCACUGUUCUGAUUGUAUCGCCUGAAUUCGCCGGCAAGAACUCUCUCAAGCGGCACAGGCUGGUAAACGCAGCCAUGAAGGACGAGAUAGCGCGCAUCCACGCAUGGACCGCAAAAUGCCAAACCCCCGAGGAAUGGGAGCGGGACAAGGCUUCGGCGACGGGUGCAGAUGGUCCAUCAAUGGAUGGCACCAUUGGUGGUCACGUGGAUGGCGUCAAAGGGUGACCACAGAGCAUGGGGGCAAAAGGGUGAACCUUUAGGGAUACUGUUCUGCAGAUGGGUGUUGAACUUGGUCUCAGUACAAAUUUUCAUGACCACUACCUACCUAGGUACCAAGCUCUUAGCGGCUAUGCAGCAAGCAUGGUAGAGAAGAUAGGUCGAAUUUCGGUUGUGGUGCAAGGCAAGGGAAAAAGCAACCCACACGUUGAAACAAACUAUUGGUUGAUCUACUUCACGGGGGAAAAGUCGGUGUCCUUGAGAGACAAAUCAGAUGAUGACAGGAAUCACUGGCGGUUAUGAUGCCGGUUGUCCCAGGGAAUCCUGCUAUGCCUCAUGAUAGCAGGACGGUGCCAAUAGAAGUCGGGAAACACCAGAAAGGUAUCUGCCUCCAGAAAUAAAAAUGUAGGAACGCAGAUAAUAAUAUUAGUAAAAGUUGGUAGCAU